AGUGCGUUCUGAAUGAAUUUAUUUUUCCUGACCAUCCAUCGUCGGAUUAAGCGGGCAGCAAGCAAGUGCAGUGUUGUGGUGCAUUAAAAGUGGUUGCUCCGGUUCCGUCGCGGCGCGUCUCAUUCGUCGUGUGCGUUUACCUCGUUUCGGUACUAUAUACUUCGCAUUCUUCGUCAUCGUACCUUUCCCUGUCCCAUGCUUCUUCCCAUCCGCAUCAUCAUCAUGGGCAACAGAGGCAGCUUCACCGUCGUCCUAUCUACUUGAAGCUAUCAUCAUCGCCAUCAUCAUCACCAUCAUCAUCAUCUCUCGAUUUCUCAAGGUGCUGAAGUAAUAUAGCGCUGCGCUAAUCCCAGAAGACAGCACCCGCGUACCUCGUGACGACAAUAGUAGCGGUGGCGCUUCUUCAGUCAUCCGGUCGGUCGGAAAAUAUGGUCACAGUACCGUAUUUCCUGUGCGCCUGACGAUUGAGCAUGUCCGCGGACGGUUGUGCUAGGAGCAAAAUAAGGAAACGUAGGCGACGAUGAUGAUGGAGGAGCAAAUACGCCCGAACGCGCACUCGUUCGCCUUUUUGCCGUAGAGUGUGAUGUGCUUUUCGAUCGUGCGGUGGUGAUAUUUUAUUUCGUUCGUUUCGUUUCGGUACAUUUUCAAUUGCCUUUCCCCCAAUUCCCCUCUUGCGUCAGGCCACCGGCAUUUGUCCACUUCAUACGCUGCUGCGGACAGAGCGUUUUGCGGCUAUCAAGAAAUAUCCGUCAAAUCCCCUUCCCCGGUUACCGUGUCGUAAUCUACGUGCGCGCGAUAUGCGAGUGUCAAAGUAGACCCAACAUAAAGUAAAACAUCGAACCUACUGCGAACGAACUGUAUCGGCUUUGAUUCAUAUUUGUACGGCAUUAGUGCAACCUGGUAGUGCGGCCGAUCACAGAAGAAGAUCUGCUGGUUUCAAAAUACCUCAACACGCUAGUGAUUUGUUACAAAAACGGUGCAGUAAAAUGCGUGAAACAAUUUUUGUUCACCUUGUGAGUGCAUUUAGUGCCUGCUACGUAGCGCGGUAUCAGCAGCAGCAGUGUAUCUCGUCGUUCGUUUGCACACGGUGUUAUCACAAAGCAAGCCGCGCAUAGUCGGUUCGCGAAAGGUAGUAUCAACAAGGGUGCGAACUUAGUUCGAGCGUGAAACAGGAACCGGUAGGAAUGGUCAAUACUCACGACGGCGAGACUGUUACUACUACUACACGCCACACAAAGUCAAACUAGCUCACUAGGCACCUCACUAGCAACGAACAAAACGCACCGACAACCGGAAAGCGCUGCUUCGCUGCGGUUUUGCAGCAAACGGCCAUCAACACAUCAGGAAACUGAAGGAUUUCAUACACCCCACUGCAGGGAGCUAAAUGCUGUGAAUUACCGUUUGCCAACUAACCAACUUUAGUUAGAAGGUCAACGGUCAAGGAAGCAGGCGAAAACCAAACCCAGGGAUCACAUACAGAGGGUUGUACUAUAGUGAGUUUGCGAACCAAUUAGCUAGAUCGACGUUACUUAUCCGCGAGUGCGCUGGGAAGCGCAACCUGGACGAAACGAAAAAUUAUUCAACCCAAAUACCGAAAGUCGACGCAGACUAACCGUGCGCCAUCGUAAUGGGUAACUGCAUCGGCAUCAAUCGUAACGAUGAAACGCUGGACCUUGGAUCGAAUAAUGUGUCCCGGCCAGUGACGGGAACCACAUCCAGCUUCGUCGGUGUUCAGCGCAAAAAUCAUCCUCUCUGUCAUGAGACAAUACGCUGGAAAUCGGAAGUGCCAUUGACGGAAGGGCAGCUCAGGAGCAAACGUGAUGAGUUCUGGGAUACGGCUCCCGCGUUUGAGGGCCGAAAAGAGAUAUGGGACGCACUGCGAGCGGCGACCAGUGCAGCCGAGGCGCUCGAUUUUCAGCUGGCCCAAGCAAUACUUGAUGGGGCUAACAUAUCGGUCCCCAACGGAUACCUCACGGAAUGUUACGACGAACUUGGUUCGCAGUAUAAAUUACCAAUCUAUUGCCUAUCAUAUCCUGUCAACGUAGUUAAGGAAGAUUACGGAUGUGACUCACCAGCUGAAUACUCGGAACCAGUCGAUGGUGGUACGGAAGUUAUUCUAAAACUUCGACUAUCGUCGACAUGUACAGAUGUUAAGCUACCAGUUUAUUCUAAAGACACUAUUGGACAAUGUAAAAAGAAACUUCAGGCUCAGGAAGGAAUAGAUGCAUUUACUCAGCGAUGGUUCUACGGUGGCAAAUUGUUAGGUGAUAAAAUGCACAUCGAUGAGGCCCACAUACAGCCCGGAUACAUUGUGCAGGUUAUUGUAAAUACCGAGAAGCAAUCGUCAUUAGCCAUCAGCUAGCCAACGGUGCCGUUAGUCAGACGAUUGUGGACCGCCACCACUAACAACGCGUACGGGAAGGGUUUCUCGGCACACUACCUGUCGGCGCCCGUAUUCUGUAAACUAAUGUAACUUAUCAGCUGAUACGUUAGCGUCAGCAGUAGCAGCCGUAGUAGUUGUAACAGUGCAACUGCUUUUACUUCUAUGAUUACUACCUUUUGUUAGCAUCUUUCGGACGGUGUGCAAGAAUGAGAGCAAACGAAACAGUAGUGUAAAUGUUAUUGCUACUAGGAAAUCCUAAUAAGAAAAGUCUCCUGAACGGAUGCUCUGUACACAUUUCGUUGAUACAUAUAUACUUAUGCGCAUAUAUCUUCAUACUUACUCAUAGAACCAACCAAACGAAAAAUACUAAUUGAAACGAUGAAAAUAAUACAGAACAAAACCAAUUUCUGCUAGGACUCUGGAUCCUUUUCCUACCACUCAAGAUUAGCUAUUUAAUGGUACCAUAACAGACAGGCAAAAUCAAACCAACCUGUGAAUACAGCUUUAGUUUUAAAAUGAAACGUAGUGAGUUGGAGUUGUCUGUAGAUUAUAUAAUGCUCGGACAUGAUGAUGGUGCAUUAGCAACAAGUAGAGGGAAAGGGGGAAAGAUAGAGAUAAAGAGAAGGAGGAUGCGAAAAAGGGGAGCAAAGUGUGUUUCGGUGUCAGCACGUGCAAAUUUUGCAAACUAUUGGAAACCAAGUGCAACACAACACUACUAGCGCAAGUGCAACACCACGUGCAUGUAAGCAUUAUGUAGUGGAUGAUAAAUAUUGAUAUUAACAAGGUUUAAUUUAAGCGAACUGAUAGUUAUUACUUUUAACGAUAGGCAAUAGAUACGUAUACAUAUAUGAAUGAGCUAAACAAAAAUAAUAUAUUUGGAGAUAACAGAAGCUA